AUGGCGUGGGGAUACUGGUCUGCAUCAUCGGUGUUGCCGGACCGCGGUCGGAGUCCGCGACGCGCGGGUACAUCAGUAGUGCACUCUCAUCCGAACCCACCAACCGCGAGGGAGGUGAUGGAAACACACGACGAAAGUAUUAUUCAUACAGCAUCCACUUCUAGAGAUAGCCGCGAUCACUCUGCAUCUCCUCAUUCGUCGUCGAACGGCGGUCACUCUCAUCAUCACGAAGUGCGACACGCGGUGCCGGCUAGUGCUCUCUUCGGCGAGAGCUAUGGAGAACUGUCACGGAGACCUUCUCUAGACCUAGGAUCUGUGAGAAGUGCUCUGGCCUCGUGUUCUGGUGGCGGGACGCUAAGUGCGGGGUCUACUUUGACACGUGGUGGGACACUAGCAGACUACUUGCCGCCGACCCCAUGCCCGCACCACCACAGAGUGUACGUGGAUCACCACAAACACUACGAACAACCUAUACAACCGGUGCAUGUCGGUGUGCCUCACCACUCACAUUCGCAUGCCUCAAGUAGACAUCACACAGAUGAUGAAGAUGAUCUCGAACCGGCGUAUGCUACAGGUAUGGUUUUG